AUGGGUAAAUGCCAUAUUAAUAAGCUGAUCCGUUACACCUCACGUGCCGCGCUGCUUCCGCUCCUCGUCCUUGCCGUGAUCUGCGCGAUCGCCACUGCUCACGCGGCGGCAGGCGAGCGCGGCACGGAUCGCCUCAACGGGCGCGCGCGAGUGCACGGCGGCGGCGGCGCAAGCGGCGAGCCUACUAUGUUUGCCAGAAGCCUCAGAAUCCAGAGCAUGAUCACGGGAAGCAAGAAUGCAAGCAAGCGAGUGGGUGUGGGGGUGGGCGUUGCGGUUGGCAGCCCAGGCGGGGCGGUAGACGCGAGCGUGGCGGUGGGCACCCAGCUCACGGUGUCGGGCGUCAGCCUCAACGUCAGCUUUGACGCCCUCCGCUGCUUCAGCUUCCCCAAAGCCGCGCUCAGGGCUCUCAAGGCGGAGCGCGGCGUGCAGGUGUGGUGGAACGGGCUCGCAGGCGGCAACAAAGGCCGCAGCAAGGGUGGGGGGAGUUCGCGUGGGAAGGAGCCCGCCGCAGUGGGCACGGAUUAUGGGGGUGCGGCGUGCAAGGAGCUACAGUUCUUUGCCAACCCUGCCUGCAAGGGCAAGGUGCUGGAUGAGGUGCUGAAGCCGCAAUACGCCGGCCUGCACAGAUUCUUCAACGUGCCCAGGUGGGUGGUCUGGCAGGUGGGUCGUGUGGGCAGCCUGGCAGGUGGAUCGUGGGGGCAGCCUGGCAGGUGGGUCGUGGGGGCAGCCUGGCAGGUGGGUCGUGGGGGUAGGUGGGUGUUGGGGGCAGGGCAGGUGUGGGGGGGGCAGGUGGGUCAUGGGUCAGGUGGGAGAUGGGGGCUGGUGGGUGAUGGGAGUAGUGAUGUGCUCGGGUGGGUAUGUCCGAACCCGGAAUCGAACCGGAGACCUUCAGUGUGUGAGACUUGCGUGGGAGGGGAGGAGAGGGAGGGAGGGGAGGGGAGUGAGAGGAGGAGAGGGGGGGAGGGAUGGGAGGAGUGGGAGGGAUGGGAGGAGUGGGAGGGAUGGGAGGAAUGGGGGGGACGGGAGGGGUGGGAGGGACGGGAGGGAUGGGAGGGACGGGAAGGACGGGAGGGAGGGACGGGAGAGGGGGGGGCGGGUGGGGGGGGGACGGGUGGGAUGGGAGGGACGGGAGGAAUGGGAGGGGUGGGAGGGGUGGGAGGGACGAGAGAGACGGGAGGGGUGGGAGGGACGGGAGGGGUGGGUAAGGCGGGGAAGGAGGACGUGAGGGGAGGAGAAGGAAGCGGCAAGUAA